CGUACGCGCACGCGCGCAUCUCCACGCGCGCAAACAGCUCCUUUCGCUCGUGAGCUGCACCAUCCGUCUGGUGAGGUGACCAGCCGGACCAUCCGACCCGUGCCUGGCUCUACCCGGAACCAUUAUGCUGACAGGAAACGACCAUUUUACCGCUGGCAGUGUUGGAGGAGCCAUCGUUCACGGAGGGGGGCACUGGGAGCUAAACGGGGCGGAACGAGGAGAAAAGCAAGGAUAAACAGAAAACAAAGGCGGGUGCGAGGGCGAGGAUGCGCGGGGAGCUUUACUAGCUUCAGGGCCACGGAGUCACACAAUGUGUUUAUUGGACCGAACCGGCGGAAACGGGAUCAGUUUGUGAGUGAAAAGCAACCCUCCCGAGCCGAUCAUGGGGAUCCGGGCCUUCCUCUGGUGAUUCUAUCUAUGGAUGAAGGAAAAGGCCCCACUGACUGCCAGUAGAGACCCCACUUCCACUGGAACUACCAGAGCGGACCCCCGUCUGAGUGGCAACGCAUCCGCGUAGCCGUGGUUCUAAUCUGAAACGGUUCCGUGCGCACACGGCACGCGGUUCCAGAUUGUCCGGCUGAAGUUUCUGGUUGGAGGUGCACAGAGAGAGGACGAUUUUCCGCUGAAGCCUGGGGGCCAGCAGGGAGCCCCGGAUCCGACUGUUGGAUGACUCCCCCUCCAGCAGAAUCAAUGACGGAACAAAACAACGCUGAAGAUUCUUUCACUCCAAAAAGAUGAUUGCCCUUCACUUUGUGGAACAACUGAGACUGAUUUAAAGAAGAAAAAUCAGCUUUAAAAAAUGGAACACUUAAAGAAAACACUACAGACUUUCUUUUUCAAUGUUAUGUAGAAAAAAAUCCUACUUAAAAAAAAAACCCAAAGCACUUGAAUUCCUGGCCAAGUGGAAAACAAAUGAGCCAAUCUUUAUGUGGGAACAUUUUGGUGGAAUUCUGUGAAGGUUUGGAGUGAAGUGCUGCAGGAGCCUCUGCCAAAGUCUCCAUUUAAGAAGGACUCUCUGCUGCUACAGUUUCUGCACUCGUGACAACUCUUCUAUUGGGAGAUGUUUCAGUUCAGCAAGUACCCCAUGGACAUUUUAGAGAUGCUAAGUGGCCACCAAGCCCACCAGUUCAAGGGGCUGGGACUGGAGCGGCAGCUGAGCCACCAGCAGCAGGUGCAGCUGCAGCAUCAGCAGCAGCUGCAGCAGCAGCACCAGCCGUCGGCGGACUCCUCCGGCGCCUUGCUGUCCGGCCUCGGCCUGGGAUCCCUGCAGAGCUCUCGCAGCAAUGCUUUUGCUGAUUCUUCCUCACUGUUUGCCAAAAUUACAGCCCCCUCGUCGGCCAUCACUCACCAGAACCAGUCGUCGUCCUCAUCCCACAGCUCCAGGAAAUCCAGCAAGAUGAGCAGCAGCACAGGAAGUGGGGGCUCUUCGUCUGGAUACCCCCAGUUCCUGCGGCCGUUCCACCCUGCCGAGGCGCUGGCGCAGGAGCAGCUUCAUUCUGGGAUGGGACGCUUUGACUUUGGCGGGGGUGGCGGUGGAGGCAGUGCAGGGGUGAUAGGCGUCACAGCAGCUCCACCACCUCCACCCUUGCAUCCUGGCCUCUCCGUUCCUCAGCCCUCCCCAGGCGCCGCCUCCUCUUCUCCUUCUUCCUCUACCUCUGUAUCGGUCUCCAACAACCCGUCUGGCAGCACUUCUGUCCCCCUGGUGGGCCAGUCUGAUCCCCGCAGCCUCCACCAGCAGUUCAGCUGCAUGCUCGCCGCCAACCAGUACUUCUUGUCCGGUGUCCCUACCAACAGCAGCCUGGAACAGUUCCUCGUCCAACAGGGCACCCACAACCACCUGGGUCUCGGCCUUAGUCAGGGCUCUUCGGAGGCAAACCCCGCCCUGGCUCCACCUCCAGCCCUCCACUCUUCCCACAGCCACACAGCUCCGCAGCCUCAGCAACAGCAGCAGCAGCUCACCCCUCACGCCUUAUCCCACCCACACAGCCACACACACCACCCUCACCCUCUCCAUCCUGCCCCCCAGCCCGCCUCGCUGGGCGGCUUUGAUUUCCAAGGCAUUCCAGUGCUUUCCUCCAAUCAGAUCGCAUCACUGAUGCAGCAAGAGGCGGGUCUGCCCCUCCCACUUCCCAUUCACCUGUCGCUGCCUAAGGACGAGAAGCCAGGCGACAGCCUGUCCUCAGCAGCUUCUAGUGGUGGGAGCAGAAGAAAGAAAGCGAUGGCUGGCUACCUGCCGCAAAGGAAAACUGACAGCAACAGCACGAUGAACAGCUGCCACAGCGGCGGCUCCACCUCGCACAACCAGACUGCUUCAUCCGGGCUGGUGGGGGGAGGGCCUGGUGUGCUGAGCGAACCUCCACAUUCCUCCCUCCUGUCGCCUUCAACGCAGCAGCAGCCCGUCUCAUCCUCUGUUUCUUCCUCCACGUCCGCCCCCUCUUCCUCAAACUCCACCUCUGUGCUUGUCGCUAACGGUAACCAGCAACUGCCUAAAUCCCAAGAUGGUCCCAGCAAUGGCUCCUCAGGGCAACCAGAACCAGAACCUCUUUACCACUGCGGGGAGUGCGGGAAAACCUUCACCCACCUGUCAAGCCUGCGACGGCAUCUUCGCAGCCACGGCCUGACGCCAGAAAGCCAAAGCAGGAAGUUGGACUGUAACUCCCCCAGCCCGGAGAGGAUAUUCUGUUGCGGGGAGUGCGGGAAGAGGUUCAAAAAGAGGGGUCACCUCAUCCAGCACAGCGUAACGCACUCGGAGAACCGCCCCUUUGUCUGCAGCAUCUGCCAGAAAUCUUUCAACCGCAGGGAAUCUCUCACGCGGCAUGAGAAGAUCCACGAUGAGAAACCCUUCCGUUGCCCGGCUUGCGGCCGAUGUUUUCGCGAGAGCACCUCCCUCCUUAACCACGCUGCUUCAGGCGCCUGCGGCAAACCGCCGCGGAGCUCCAAGAACCGGGCCGGUGGUGGCGGAUCCGCGUCCUCCAAUCUGAGCACCAGCAAAAUGGCCAGUGGCGGGAAUGGAGUGGAGAUCUCAAAUGACGGCCCAGCCACGGCAAACAACAAAUACACAGCAGACUUUUCCAGAAAUCGCUACCAGAACCAUGCGCCCUACAACAGCGUGGUCGACGACUACAGGCGAUCGCAGUCCUCGUCUUUGUACGCCUCCGAAAACACGCUCGCCAAUGAAAUCACCAGCCAAACUCUCCGGAAGGCCCCUUUGGCCCCAACACUACACCCACAUCCGCAGAACCAGCAGCAGCCCCACCUUCCCCUGUCCUCCCUGUUGGAUGAUUCAGAGGACGAGGUGACGAGCAGCGCCAUGUCAGCCAUCGCAGCCGCCGCCGCCGCCUCUUGUGACAUAAACACGGAGAGCCGGGAUGGGGAGCGCAGGGACAUCAUCGGAGGCCUGCUGGGGGGGUUGGGGUUUGGUAACCUGGGUGGGCCCUCGUCGACGUCAGCUACCCUCAACGGCUCCACCAUGCCUUUGACGCACCCCAACCAGCCCAACGCAAAGCCCAGGAGGCCGCGGAAGCCCCGCGAGAAAAGAGACCCAAACAGCAUUGUGAGGAGGAGGAGGAGCCCGGCGCCCCCCGGCGACGGCUCAGAAAGGCCCUACGGCUGUCAGAUCUGCGGCAAACGCUUCAGGAGGGCAGAAACGCUGCGGCGUCACAACCGCGUCCACACGGGCGAGAAACCCCACGCCUGCGAGGUGUGCGGCAAAAUGUUCCGCGAGCCGUUCCACCUCACCAAACAUCUGACCGUGCACUCCGGCCAAAAGAACUACAAGUGCAACCUCUGCGGGAAGCUGUUUGCGUACGCGCAGAGCCUGGUGAGGCACGGCAAGCUGCACAGGAAGGGCGAGAUCGACAACCAGGGGAGAAGAAUAAAAGGCGGCGCCGUCAGCCAGGUCGCCAACUCGGAGAACUACUUCUCCUCCUGUUCUCAAGAGGAGAAGUCCCCGACGUCCGGCACCCCCUCUCAGAGACUUUACACCUGCACCGUGUGCUGGAAGUCAUUUCGCCAUUACUUCCACCUCACGGCGCAUCAACAGACUGUUCACGGAGGGGGGGUGGGGCUGGAAAAAUCCUUCCGCUGCGAGGUGUGCGGCAAAGCUUUCGCCUACUCCAACAGCUUAGUGCGCCACAAACUGUCUCAGCACGGCAUCGACCGCAACGGCCAGAGGGUGGACCAGAGUCAGCCCUCCGGCUACUCGCCGCUCUUCUACGACUCCGCCUCCAGCUACGCCGCAUCGUCCCACGUGCAGCCGGGAGGGCCCGAGCCGCCGCCGCUGCCGCCUCCGCAGCAGCAAGAACAGGAGCAUCCGCUGCAGCAUCCUUUCCACUACAGCGCAAAAAACUUUCAGAAGCCUCUGGGACACCCCCAGAAGCAGAGGAAGAAGAAGCGGCGCGUGGUCAUCCACAGCAUCAUGAGGGACGGGAAGCUGGUGGGGGUCCCGCUGAGCGAGGACACCCGCAGGAAAUUGAUGAUCCUAAGGAGGAAGAGGGGAAAACUACAAGCACAGAUCAAGCAAAAAAAGCUGUUGGCCCAGCUGAGGAUAAAGGGGGGCACCAUGAAGGUGAAAUCUUGGUGCGGAGGUGCGGUGCGAGUCACGGGGCUCACCUCCUUAGACAUUUCCAUGAAGCGCUUCCCCUGCCCCGUCUGCCCCAGCACCACCUACACCAAACGGGGCUUCCUGCUGGUCCACCACGCAGUCAGGCACCCUCCCCGCAGCUCAGGCCGCCCCGCCCGGCUGCAGUGCCAGGUGUGCGGGAGGCGGACCUCCUCGCUGUUCAAAGCUUUGAAGCACCGGGGGCGCCAUCUAAAACGAGCUGCCUUUCAAUGCCGCAAAUGCCGACGCCGCUUCUGGAGCCCCCAGCUCCUGACACGCCACAACUUCUCCUGCCGGGGUGGGGGCUCCAGCAUUGGGGGCCUGUUAAAGGUGAGGUCCGCUCACGGCCUGUCGGACCAGCUGACCGUCCCAAGCCUGGUCCCGCCUGAGAGAUCCGCUGUUCUCAACAACUACAGCCAGUGAACAUUUUUUAGAAUAGUUUGUCUUUAAUGUCGGAUUUUUACUAAGAAGUUUUGAACAAAACAAACAAAAAAAAAGUCCUGGGGAGUUUGUGGGAGGAGUCAGUAGCUUGACGUCUCCGCCCCCUCGUUAUGAACCAGUAUACAACCCCACGAGGUGGUAGUGCGCAGACGCGUGACCCCCCAGCUGUUCCUCAAGCAUUGGGUUUGAGAAAUGACAGCAGCACUCCAUCGUCAGUGUUCAAACAUCAACGUUGUCCGUUUUAUCCGGAGUCCUGUUCCUCCAGCUCCUGUUUUCCGCAGUCUGACUGUGUCGUCCUUGUCUCCAGACUCACUUUUUACGCCUAAAUUAAGAUUAGCCCAAACACAAAGGAAACGAUGGGGGGGGGACAGGAAGUAGCUCGUGAAAACGAGCCGUCACAAAACUGGCUUUAAUCGUUGGCGCAAACAAAAAGGAGAGGAAAAAGAUGGUGUUGUGACUUUUUUAACGUACACUACUUUUGUCAUUUUCUUAAAGCUGACUUAAAUUGUUAAUGUGUUCAAAUUUGAGAAGGACAUAAAUAAGUGUAUUGUACAUUUUAGUAUUUUAUUAUAUAUUCCGUUUCUACGUUUAUGUUCUUUCAUCCAUGCUGUGUCUCAUGAGAGUGGUUUUAGUAUACAUUUCCUCGUGACAAAUCCUUUUUUCCCCUUCUUCCCUCCACCUGCACACUUUGCACCCCAUUUCUGUCAGAAAGAGUGUCUGCAUAGCUCCUGUCCACACGUGCUUCUGUUUUCUGUCAAACUAAACAUGUAAUAUUAUUACUAAAAUAUUAUCCUCUUUGCCUAAAAGUGAGUUGUUGAAAACCCUCAAGUGAAAUAAAAAUUUCAAAUACUUUGAAUACGUGAAAA